AUGCUAUUAAUAUGCAAUGAUUUUGUUGUUACUUCAUUGCCAAUUAAAAGAGAUUGCUACUGGUCUCUAUGUGGUCAGGAGACAGGUUACGGCACGUGGGUUCCUGGCGAAACGGGCAUCGUAAACUUUGGUAUUCCUAAUGCUGGUAUUACCAAUGCUUCUCCCAUUUUGCCUCUUAACAUUAAUAAUAGU